AUGCGCAUUGUCGCGCCCACGCCAGCGCCUCCUUCGCCCUCUCCGUCCUCCACUCCCUUCUACGGCUUUCGCUACAGCGAACCCGUCAUCUUUGACCACGUGAGCUCCUCAUCUCACCAGCACUUGCCGGCCACUGCCAAACGCAAUAGCCUCGCGGCACUCGACCACCUGCACGCCACCAAAGGCAGCAGCAACAACAACAGCACCGCUGCAGCUGCUGACCUCUACCUGCGCCACGACAGCAGCUGCACGAGCGAAACGAGCGGCUUCGAUGGCGUCAACCUCUGGAACGUCGACGAAGAGCUCGAGGCAGCGCCGACGCCGACGGCCGCCUUCCACCCGUCGUACCAGGGCGUGGCCAUUGCCGUGACCCACCACUCGGUCAACAACCAGGGCGUUGUCAUGUACCACGUCGACAUCAAAGGCCCCGACGGGUUCCUCUCGACGUACACGAUCCGCCGGCGCUUCCGGGCGUUCAAGAACCUCUACACAGAGCUCCACCGCCUCGUCAUCGCCUACCAGCAGCAGCAAACAGCGCACCGCAAGGCCGUUGAAGCUGCGCAGCAGACGACUGCCGCCGCGUUGUCGCUCGACCGCCACAUCCCACUGAGUCCCCACAGUGCGUUCGCGGCCGCCAAAAGUGGUCCGCCCGUGUCGUCGACCAACUACAGCGCCGUGACGUUCCCCGCGCUGCCCAGUGCCGGCGUCUGGAGCUUCUUCAAGCGCCACGACGUGCGCCUCGUCGAGCAGCGCAAACUGCGCUUCCAAGAGAUCCUCACGCUCGCGAUCCGCCACCCCGCGACGCGGAACAGCACUGUGCUCGACGCGUUCCUCAGCGUCGCACCCAGUGAGAUCUCGCAGCGCGGCUCGUCCUACGUGUCGCUGCAGGACUACAGCGUCCCGGCGUUCGACCAGCACCGCGAGUCCAUUGAGCGGCGGCAGCGGAAGAUGCAGUUGCUCCACGUGCGGCGACUGCGCGCGGGCUCCGACAGCCAAUUCAGCGACCGCACUCUGCAAUAG